GUAAGUCCACAAGCCAGCAUCAGGUUCUAACCACAGGAUCACAAAGCUCCCAGGAUUCUGACUGUGUUGUUUCUGGCAAGUAGUGUUCCAGAAAUGGGAAGAUUCAACAACACCUUUUCUCACCCCGAUGGCUUUGUUCUGGUGGGCUUCUCUGAAUGGCCCAGACUAGAAAUGGUUCUUUUUGUGGCUGUCUCUACCUUCUACAUAAUGACCCUCCUCGGAAAUUCAGCCAUCAUUUUCUUGUCACACCUUGAUCCCAGACUCCACACACCCAUGUAUUUCUUUCUGGCUAAUCUCUCUUUCUUGGACCUCUGCUACACUACGUCCACUGUCCCGCAGAUGCUGGUCAACAUACAGAGCCACCGCAGAAACAUCAGCUACACGGGAUGCAUAGCUCAGCUUUUCGUCUUCCUUGGCUUAGGAUCCACUGAAUGCAUACUUCUCUCAAUAAUGGCCUUUGAUCGUUAUGUCGCUAUCUGCCGGCCUCUCCAUUACAUAGUUAUCAUGAACUCGCGGUUUUGCCAACAAAUGGCAGCGGUGGCUUGGGGAACAGGUUUCAGUAACUCCUUGGUGCAAACAGUGUUAACUUUCUUGUUACCUCGCUGUGGUCAAUAUCGGGUAGAAAAUUUCUUCUGUGAGGUACCUGCUAUGCUUCAAUUAUCAUGUGUUGAUACACGGACCAACGAAGUCGAGAUGUAUGCAGCUGUGGUGAUCAUAAAAGUUAUCCCUGUGGGAUUAAUUCUGUUCUCUUACAUCAACAUUGUCAGAGCAGUGGUUGGGAUCCAAUCUACUGAGGGUCGCAAGAAGGCCUUCAACACAUGUGGGUCUCAUCUGCUGGUGGUCGUUAUGUUCUAUGGCUCAGCUAUCAGUGGUUAUGCAUAUAUGGUGCCCAAGAGCAAUUCAGCCAAACUGAAGGGCAAGCUUCUUGCUCUCUUUUAUGGACUUGUAACUCCAAUGCUUAACCCUCUUAUCUACACCUUGAGAAACAGGGAUGUGAAGGGAGCAGUAAAGAAGCUACUGGGGAGAGAAGAGCAGGGGUGGAGCACGGCUUAGGAGAAGGUGGUUCCUUGCAAUUCGUGUUCCUCACUCCCAGAAUGCCUGCCAUGGACACCAUCACCACGGUCCCAAUAACAGUGGCUGCCUGUUAUUCCUAUUACCUUUGUAUUUCAGAGGAAAGAAAAUGCUGACUAUUCUC